AUGGAUCCUCAUCCGCAUUGCUCGGACUCGGGCCUCAGCAUUCCAACUCAUUCCACCUCCACCACCCUGCGCUGCUGUUGUGGUCGCAAUGAUUGUGCCCUGCUCGAGCACAACAAUGUAGCCCUGGAGGGUCUGGAGAAAGAUCUCGAGACUGCCGCGAGAUUAGGCCAGGCUUUGCUCCAUCGCCAUGAAAGUUACAUGGCUGAGGCGGAGGAGGACCGUCAUCGCUUAGUCGCCAGCAUUGAUGACCUGGAGCGCGAAAAGCAGGAAGUCCAGGCUCAAAAUGCGCGCAUCAUCGAGGAGAAUCGCAGUCUACUCGAGCAGCUCGACAGCUUGAACAGGGCUGUCGCCGAGUCCGACAUUUAUGCCAAGACACUCACUUCGAACUUGGAGAACACGCAGACCGAAGUGCGCAGAUUGACUGCUGCCGCGGCGCGUGCAGCUGAUCUCGAGGCGCAGCUUGCUCUUAUGGAGACGGAGCAAUCCAAGUUACAGGAGAGUCUGUUGUUGGCUCACGAAGACGAGCAGUCGGCAGUGCAGCGAUGGAGAAAAGCCGAAACGACCCUACGCGACCUUCACGACCAGAUCGACCGCAUUGAGAAAGAAGCGCGCGAGGAGCGCGAGCGACACACCGAGGUGGUUGAGCGCAUGGAACGCAAGAGAGCUGUGGAGCGCGAGCUUGACAAUGCAGCAGGCCGUCUUAAAGGCGCUGCUGCCGCCUCCGAACUGAAGCGCAAUGCCGGUGGUACGACUGUCGUCUCGCGCUUCGUCAAAGACAUCCUGCAGGACAACGCCAAUCUACAAGUCGGUAUUAUGGAGCUACGCGAGAUGCUGAACACCUCGAACGAGGAGGUACAGAACCUCCGAGAUCAAGUUUUGUCUCAUCAGCCUCUGGCCGGUGUCGACGAGGAAGAUAACCUCGAACCAAGUACCGUCACAACGUUAAGCGAGGAGCUCGAAGCGAAAGAAGAGCGUCGAGUAUCUCAGGAAUUCCACAUCCACCAUCAUCAUUACCAUACGCCCGGAAAGAAGGAAAAGGCCUCGAUUAAUCGUCGCAUGAAGAAAAGACGGCCUGCUAUAGGGAGCCCGGUAGCAUUGCACUCUGCUCAGGGACAAUCACCUCGAAGGAUCCUUCAUCGCUCGCAGUCAUCCGGUUCAUCCAUGUCAACCAUUUUAUCUCAAACAUCCGUCUCAAUCCCACCACAAUCGCGCCGCUGGUCAUUACAGUCACAUGCAGGUGAUUCAUUGGCAAGCUCUCCGCAGUCUGCGUUCCGGACAUCGUCGAUCUUUGAUUGCGUCGAACGUGGUGCGGAGCUCUCCCAAGCUACUAGCCCAGGCAGUACAGUGUUCUCUUCUCCUGUGAUGGGAGCAAGGAAUUUCAAGACCCUUGAUAUGCCGUUCCAAUCAAUAAGCGACUUUGACAAUCAUGAUUCUCAAGAUGACCUCUCAUCAUUUGACGAUAAUAUGUACCAUCGCCAAGACCUUAACGGUGACAACAUUUCCAGAGAGCCCGCCAUUCCAGAAGAGUCUGAGCCGUCUCCUCAAGGACCUUACUUCCCAUCAACUGCACGACGAGAAUCACUCAAGAACGCCGACGAUGAUUUCUUCACCAUGCAGGCACAAACUUCAUCACUCCGCAGAUCCACAAGCCACGACAGCUUGCUCUCCGUCUCAGUGGCGGGAAUGGACAUACACACACCGAACACCCGCCAUAUGCGAAUGGGUGACUGGCACCCAGGCAUGCGCAUCCCCCAACGCAUCCUAUCUCCCAGUGUCGAACUAGUCUCAACACCCCCAGUCAUCUCCGCCCCGGCCAUCAUAGCCAACCGCUCCACAAGCUCUGGGCAUUCAUCCCAAUCAUUGCUUGCUUCUAUGGCUGCCAGCAAGAGUAAUAAAUCAACCGAUGCAUCAUCCAUCACAUCCGCAGACAGCAACAGCACAGCGUCAACGGCAGCCAAUGGCCCACGAAAGGCCACUUUAGGUCGGCGCGUAGGAGGCUGGGUCUUGGGCCGCUGGGGAAUGUCACCCGUUUCAUCCGAUGGCGAAGUUGAUGCCCCAACGCAAGGCCCAACCAUGGAGUCUACACCAGUGCCAGCACCAACGCAAACACCUCCUACACCAGCUCCUCCAUCGUUAGGGCCAAAAGCCCCCGACCCGAUGGCCCUCCGCUUCAGAUUCCCAGGCGUGAACCAAAAGGGUCCAAUUUUGGGAUUCCGACCUCCACCCGCGGCGCCUAUUGCCAUUCAUGCCCAAGGCAUAGAUGAGAACCUACUGCGAGAGAGUCUAGCCGAAGAAGAUGGCUAA